UAUAUGAUUACAAAAUAAAUAGUGGCAUUAUUAGUGGUAUCAAAAAAACUAAAUAUUAGCAGAGACCUGUAUCAAGUUAUUUUAAUAACGUUCUACAGGCCACAACUAUUGACCCCCUAAAUAUUUUUAUACUUAAUUUUCUAUUGUUAUUUAGCUAUUAUUUUAACAUAUUAAAUUGUUGAUUUUAUAUUGGUAUUAUAAUAUUUAAUAUGUUUUGGGUAACUGAUACAUUUUUUAAAGGAAUAACUAUUGGCAUACUAAUAGGUUUAAGUCUUCAUACAAUAAUAAAUUAUGUUUUUAAAAAUAAAUGGAGUAGACUCAACAACAAAAUUACAGAUAAAAAUUUACAAAAGUCAAACUCUUCAACAAAAGUCAAUGGAGAAUUCAAAAUGGCACUUUUGGUUCGCCAUGAUUUGAAAAUGGGUAAAGGAAAAGUUGCAGCACAAGUGAGAUAUAUUUUUUGAAUACAAGUGAUGUAGUAAAUAUGUUUUCAGACAAAUUACAAUAGAGAAGUCCGAUGUCAUUAGAAACAAUUAUUUUACAAGUUAAUAAUUUUUAAUUGUGUCUUUUGGAAUUAAAUAAAUAAAAUGAUCAUAGGUUUAGGAAAUACAUUUUCAUAAUGGUUAAAUAAUCCGAUAUCCAAUAGGAGUAUUGAUUGUGUCAAUGUUAUUUAUUUUUAAUAAAGUAAAUUGUUUUAUGUUAAUUAUAUAAUUUCCAUCAUAUACAAACUAAACUUUUCACUAGUUAUAUCAUUAAGAUUCUAAAAUAUGUCAAAAUUAGCAUUAAUCAUUGGGAGGAAUGAUACAAUAAAGGAUACGUUUUUAAUAUUUAUAAUUCAUCAUGAUGAGUUUAAAAAAUUCCAUAAAACAUAUAUUUUAAUUAUUUUGAAGUAAUAAAAUACUUCGUUAUAAGACAAGUGUAUUUUGAAAUUUGUAUAUAUGCAAUAAGGGUUUAAAGAUCAUUUAUAGUAAGUUAUAGUAUUUAUACAUUGAGUUCUAAAAAUAAAAGUGUAUUAACAAAUUUAUUUUUUGUAAACAAAUAACCUUUUUUUAUAUAGCAAUUUGAGACUUUAUUUAUUUUAUUCUUACUAUUAUUUUUAUCUUUUCUUAAUAUUUAUCAUAAAUUUAAAUUUGUAAUUACAGAAUUUUGUGUAGUUUAUAAAACCAAUCUCUUGAUAAUUACUCCAUAAAAUAAUGAUGAUUACAUCUUCCUUUAGAAGGAGGAAAAUUUCAAAUUAUUAGAGGCUAAUGGGGUUCACCUUCCCAUUAUCCUUUGAACAUUUAUUAUUCUAUUCAAUAUAGAAAUUAUGCAAAUUUUUGUGGUUUUAAUAAUAAUAAUGUUCGUUAUUUUAGUUACCAAUUUAACUAUAACACAUUUUGAUCUAUAGUACUCAUAUAAAACAACAGAAACCCUCAAAAAAAUAUCCACCAAUCAUGCCCCUUCCGGCAUAAAACAAACUUAACUUACAACUCAUUAUUAUUCAUAACAGAAAAGUAACAAACAUAAAACCACCACUAGAUUAAUAAAAUUAACAACUUGAAUGAAUUUUAAAAAUAAUGUAUUAUUGUCUAGUGUUCACAUGCAAUUGUACACUGUUAUGAAGAAAGUUUGAGGUUAAACCCAAAAGAAAUAAAUGCCUGGGAGUCAAACAAUAAACCAGUAGAUAUAUUCAAAAUAGCAGAUGAAGAAACUAUGUUGAAUUAUCAGAAAGUAGCUAUUGACAAAAAAUUGAAUACAUAUAUAGUGGUAGAUGCCGGUCGUACACAAGUUGCACCUAGAUCCAAAACCGUAAUGGCUAUAGGUCCUGCCCCAAGUGAACACAUUAAUUUGUUUACUAAAAAUCUUCAAGCAUAUAUUUAAUUAUUUAAAUCAAUAUUAAAUAAAAUAAAUUUAAGUAAUUUAUCAUUGUAUUCAAUUAUUCAAUAUUUGUAAUAAAAUAAAAUUAUGAUUGUUUUAGUGUGCAGUUGUAUCAGUCAUUGCACUAAAUAAAAAUAAAAUACGCGGUGGAUUACCCUCUAAAUGUGCUAGAAUUGUUUUAAGAGUACCAGAUUUAACAACUUUAGAAAGUGUUCAAAAGAAAUGCGAAUUAUAUGACAUUCCAACAUCUGCUUUUACAGAAAAUGAUGAAGCAACCAUUUUAGCAAUUGGUCCAGCCAAUGAGGUUGCUAUUAAUGCUCAAGUCCAUAAUUUUAAAUUGUAUUAAUAUUAUUUAUCAAAAUAUAAUAUUUUAUAAAUAAGAAUACUGAUGAAACAAAAUGUGAUUCUUUAUAUGCAUAUAUAUAUUGGUGUAAAUAAAUUAAUAAUAAAACCAAAUAACAUUUUAUAAAAUUUGUUUAUGUUACAAAAUAAUACUUCUAUGUUAUAUAUUAUAUGAAUACUUUUAAAUAACUACAUUCAAACAAUAAUACUUUAUUUUGAUUGUAUAAAGUUCAACUAAUAAAAUUAAUAUAUAUUUCUCUUAACUUAAAAAUUCUCUACUAGUUGUUUUUUUUAAUCAACUUAACAUAUUCAUUUUCUUACAGAUUUUACCAUCAAAAGUUAUAUGUACACUUUAUAAUUUGAAUUAUUACUUAGACUGUUAAGUAAGAUUGGUAUAAAACACCAACUGAUAAAGAUAAAAACCAGGCAAAACAUAUCCACCAUGUAGCAAAUCCGAAUAUUCCUCUGUAGACAUCUGCAGUUAACACCUAAUCACAUAUACAAAUUAUAUAUAUUUAAUUUAAAUAAAAUUAAUUAACAUUACUUGUUUUAAUGACUGAAUAGAAAAAUAAGUUAUAUUUGAUUCAAUUGUUGAAUUUUGAAUACUAUUAGAUAUUGUGGGUGAUGAAUUAACAAUAACUUGUGUCCAACUAAAAUUACCUGUUAAAAAAUAAAAACUAGUACAUUACAUUUUUUUUUUUUUUUUUUGUAAAGCAGUUGCAAUAACUAAAAUCUAAAAGAGAGUAAAUAAAUGUAUUUAAUUGUUUUCUGUUUUUCUUUUUUAUUGCAAUAAUAUAUUUCAAGAGAACAGAAACUUUGUCUCCUUGGUAUUGUACCUAGAAUGGUGUAGCUGCUUGCCCAGCAUAUGGAUAAUAAAAAAGUUAGUUUGAAUACAUUAAUACAAGACUAACAUUCAAUUAAUGUGGUUAAUUUGUUAAUUUACAUAAUGCUAAUUGUGAUUCUUACAGGUGAGAAAUGUAUAAAAAAAUAAAAUAAAAAAUUACUUCACUAAAUACCGCACUUAUCAAAUUAGUGAAUAAUAUAUAUGUUAGUGUAUGAGAUAGUUGUAGAAUUUAAAUUGACCAAAUAGUAUAUUGUGGAGGCAAAUAAACUAGCAUAAUGAGGGCAGAUGGGAAACAUUAUAUGAUAAUUUUUUUGUAGACUUAAGUUUUGCAACACUUUUAUAAACGUAUUCACAGAAAAUUACCUAAUGUUUUAUAAAAGAAUAUAAAGAACAACAUCAUUAUAAGUGGUAUGACAUAUUGCAGUACUACAACACACAUAUAGUAAAAAAUCACAGACACCUAAAAAAAUAAUACAUUUUAAAUAUCAUUACAUAAUGUUUAAAAAAACUAAAAUAUUACCUGUUUUUGCAAAUCUUUAUUGGUGAUCCGCCCUGCUUCCUUUUUUUGUUGUUCUAGACGCUCCUGGGCCAUAUUUAGAUAAGCUUGCAUGAACAUAGGCAUCAUGUAUAACCUUUGAACUACUACUAAUACGACCACCCAACAUCUUAAACUUUCAAACUGUUCUAAUGUAAGCCUUAACAUUAUUUUUAUCAAUUAUAAUUAAUAUUAUGUUUAAUGUGUACUUAAAUAUAUUUACAAUGGUUUGUUUAAUCCGGAAAGAUUUUUUGCUGUCAACAAAUCUACAGCAAUUGGCUUAACCCAAAGUAGAACGAGUAAAAAAUGAGUUAUCAAACUAAAAUUCAUAAAACCUUUCAUGAAUGUUGUACUAUAAGUGAAAUAUUUGCCGUAUAAUUUGUUACAUUCAUAAUACCUAAAAC